UGAACCUCAGAACCUCAGCAGGCUUGGAAGCUUUCUGCUACCACCGGAACGUCGCAUCACCAACUUCAAUGGGUUGGGGACGAUGCGAGCCGUGAGCCGAUGAGCAUGCGCACGCCGCACCCUGCAGAAGUGAAGCCCUCCCUGGUUUCUCGACCCGACGAACCGCCGGAGCCGACGAACAAAAGCGGCGCGAGCGGCGUGGAGGAUUGCGCGGAGCUGCCGUCUCCUGAUGAGUCCCAUCUGCUGGAGAACCUCUGGCAGCGAUACCGCCAAGGCAGGAUCUACACAAAAGUCUCACACGUGUUGCUGGCCAUCAACCCCCAUCGGCAGCUGCCACAGCUCUACGGCCAGCAGGUGAUACAGCAGCCCGUGAAGCUUCGUGGGCCACACCCCUACAGUGUAGCGCAGCUGGCCUUGCAGCGGCUCCAGCGGGGAGAGCAGGCCAUCAUCAUCAGCGGGGAGAGCGGUGCGGGGAAGACGGAGACAGCCAAGAUCAUCCUCCGUUUCCUGGAAAGAGCCUCGGCCACCGCGGUGUCUCAUCGACCGGGGGCGCGGCUGGAAGAGCGGGUGUCGGCGAUGAACCGAGUGCUGGAGUCCCUUGGCCAUGCCUCGACCCAGCAGAACCCCACCAGCUCUCGCUUCGGAAAGUUCCUGCGACUGCGCCAGACCAGGAGUGGCUUGUCGGCGGAGAUCACGACGUACCUCCUGGAGGCCAGUCGUGUGGUGGAUUUGAAGGCCUCCAACUUCCACAUCUUCCAGGAGCUCUCGAUGGCAGGACCCGCCCAGCUGAGCAGCUGGCAGCUCACCGAUCUGGCACCCGCGGGCGCGUUAUCGCGCGCGGGCGCGCUGGCGCCGGCGGGGCGCGGCGCGGAUGGUCUGCAGGAGUUGAGGAUGGCUAUGACACAGCUAGGCUUGCAGCAGAUGUGUGAGGAGAUUCUGGAGGUGGUCGCAGGGCUACUCCACCUCCUGCGCCACUUGCAGCAUCCCAGUGGCCUCGAGAUGUGCCUGGAGAACGCCAGCCAACUCCUAGGCCUGGACUUCUCCAUGUUGAAGUCCCACUUGGAGAACAAACGCCUGGAAGUGCCCAAGGAGGGUACGCUACUGCUUCCCAGGAGCCCGGAGCAGUCGCGAGGCUUGCUGCGGGGCUUGGCGGUGACCAUUUAUCGCCAGCUCUUCCACCACACCGUGGAUGCCAUGAAUGCCGACGGCAGGGCCCACGGACAGACAGAGCCAGCGCCGCAUGCCGCGCCGCAUGCCGCAGGGAAUGCGCUGGGGGUGUUGGACAUGUACGGCUUCGAGGAUUUGGGGGUGAAUCGGCUGGAGCAGCUUCUCAUCAACUACACCAACGAGCGCUUACAGCUGCUCUUUUGCCACCAGGUCUUGGUCAAAGAACAGGAGGCCUACCUCUCAGAAGGUCUUCUGUUUGAGGAUCUGCCAGCCCCGUCGCAUGAUGGGCAGGCCGUCCUCACGACCUUGGAUGGUAUCCUGGAUGUGCUGGAUGAUUGGACGCUGCGGCGCCUGCGUGCCGGAGGCGACCUCUCCGACGAGGCCUUCGCGCGGGCCGUCGCCGGAUCCCCGCGCGCGCGGGGUCGAUCCGUGCUGCGCAGUGCGGUGGCGCCGGGGUUUGCUGUGCGGCACUAUGCUGGGGAGGUGGCCUACCGCUGCAGCGGCUGGCUGGAUGCGAAUGACGCGAAGGUUCAGCCGGAGGUCCUGGAACUGCUGAGCUGCGGGCAGCGCCGGUGGCUUUGCCCACAGCAGCCGAAGAGGAGCCACUCAGUGAACAAGAAGCAUCGCACAGAUCUCAGUGCCUUGCUGAUGAAGCUGCAGAACACGCAUGGCUUGCACUUCAUCCGCUGCUUCCGCCCCAACAAGGAGCAGAGUGGCGAGUACCUGGACCGAAGCUUCUUGGCGCGGCAGCUGCGGGCGCAAGGCGUGCCCGAACUGCUGCAGGUCGUGGGGCAGGGCUUUCCCCAUCGCGUGCCCAUCGCGGAGGUGGUGAAGUCCUUCGCAGCGUGCCUCGAGGGUGCCAAGGGCUUGAGCGAGCGCAUGCAGCUCGAGGUGCUCAUGCAUGCCUUUCAGGCCGCCCGAGCCAGUGGUGAAGUACAGGUGCCGAGAUGUGAGUGGCGGCUGGGCGUCUCGCAGCUCUUCUUGAGAGCUGGGCAGCUGGCGAGUUUGGAGGAGCUCGCUGCUGAGGGCCCCCCUUGCCUGGAUCCGGACCUCGUCGCGUCCGCGCGACGUGCGGCGCGCCGCGGCCGCUGGCGCCGUGCGCUGCUGGCGGCGCGGCUGCUGGCGCACUUCGCGGUGCGGCGGAGGAGGCGACGGAGGCGACGGAUGAAGGCCUCGUUUCUUGCGACGAUUUUCCUCUGCCACCUGCAGCGCAUCCUUCGCGACCGGCCUGCGCCCACACCGGCACCGGCGCCCGCAGCUGUGCCUGCGCCAGCGCCUCAGGCUCCGGUCCCUUCAGUGGACACCAUUUGUGUUGCGCUGCCCCAUGCCGAGCUGCCACGCAAGAGGCCUCGUCCGGUGGCGACGCCCAUGUCGGGUGGCUGGUUGUUGGACAUGCCAAGGAAGCGGAGGUUCUGCGAGUGAGAGCGAGUCCGGACUGGUGCUGUCAUGCCCUCUGGCCGCCGCACGGCACCGGACCCGAAAUUCAGCAGCAAUUCGGAAUUGGGGGGGGGAACGUUUGAACAUCGGCGAGCCCAACUGCCAAGAUCUGCCAAGUAGAUUGCAGGAAGAUGGUCCCAAUCGAGCAUUAAACGCU